AUGGCCCUGACUCGAUCUGGGUAUUGCUUAUUCGAUCGACAGCGCGAAUACCCUACUCCUUUCAACGUCACAACGCAGACAUCUGAAGCAGACCAAAUCAGGCGAGAAAUUAACAGUGGAAGUGUCCGUACAUAUGACGAAAACUCUGAGGCUUUGUGGCAAGGUUCGAAUCCUCUGUGGACACAGAAGUUUGAUAACUUUCGCCAUCAAUCCGGCGCUAUACAACUGCUUUUAAAUCAGUUUGCUCCCAGUUCACUGUGGCAAUAUCAACAAGCGGAUUGACCCGAGAGCGCUGAAUUUUCUGGACUACUUUUAAGACAACAUUUUACGACUUUGUGUUAACGUGAGUGAGUGCGAAUUGCGAACUCCGCGUAAAUACGAUUGAUAACCUAUAAGUGAGCUGAUGUCAAGAUAACCCAUUACCUAGUUAACACAUUGGGACACUAUCGCCUGGCUCUAUGCGCUGAGUUGGCGUUGCGGUUGCCGCUGUAACUAAAAUCCCCUGAACAUGUUACACAUCCACUGAAUUUCUU